CGGCGUUACGGUUUGUAGAUAGCAUAUAUCAUGCAAAGGGGAUCAGAGAAAUUAAAAAAAACCCUAUAAAUCCCCAUAUCGGCGAGAGAGACGACGAAAUUGACAGCAAUGACGAGCACCUGGAAGAGAAGAUUGGGAAAUGUGAGGUCCUUCGUAUCGAAUUCGACGGGAGGCCUGAGAGGAGGAAGCAACCUGGCGUCAUGGGUGGUGGCUGGUACGCUAGCCUACUUCCUCUGGGUGAAGCCCUCACAGGACCUCAAGCGGGAACAGCAGGAAAGGGCUGCUCUGGCCUCUGCGGAUCCCCAUGCCUACGUAGAGAAACGGAAACCCAUCGCCGAUCCUCAGGAGACUGGAUUGAUAUACGGCAACAAGAAUAAAGCUCGAAAACCGGAUGAGUAGUUUGUAAGUUAUCGUUUACCGAGUUACACUAUAAUAGUGUUGUUCGAAGUGUUAUCAGUUGGAAUGUUACCCCUUAAAUACCUUUUGUAUAUGUUGCAAUAAAGUUCAAUUUUGAAUA